UCCUGGGCUCCUCCGGCAGUCUCAGGCUCAGCGCUCAGCCCUACACAUCGCCUCUUGCAUGCAACUCACUGAGAGGGAGAGGCAACCUGUCCUCCCGUCUCUCAGCCUCGGCAUCUCCAGCCACCAAGGACCUGCUUUUCGCACCUCCAACAACCCCUCCCUUCUUCCCUGCCACUCCCUCCCAGAGAGAGAGGAAAAGAAAAGGAGAGAGAAAGAUUCUGGAAUUUGAACCUCCCCAAAGAGGAAACAUACCCAGCAAACUCAGUUGAUUAAACAUCAAACAGACACACAGACAGAUCCCAAAUCUUCUGUUCAACUGGAAAGGUGCUCACACCAUUCCUGUGAAGUGGACAAGCGGAGCUUCUCUCAGAGUCUUUUCUCUGGAGUCCUGGGAGGCAAGUUAUGGGCAGCACUGCCUCUGGCUGCACCAUGAAGCCUGAGUCUGCUUGCGCUCUGCCCUGGGCCCUGCUCUGUCUGAGCAUUGGGCUUCUAGCUGACCCCCUCCUCACAGCCUGCUACUGCUAGGAGGUAGAACUUUGGGACUGGUCCUUGGCCUGUUUCUACCUGUCACCUGGCUCACCUCACCACUCACUCCUCCUCCAUCACAGCGCCCCGGCCCUGUCCCUGGCCUCCCUGGCUGGGGCAUUUGGGGGUUUGCUGGGAGGAGUGCAUCGCUGAAAGCGUCUUCCCACUCUCCUGCACCUUCUCUUCCUUGAAUCAAGGCCUCCGGAUCCACAUGGAUAGCUGAGAUCUUUUCUUGGAGAAAGACGCUUUCCUCUUCACUUCAGCCCCUCACUUCCCCACCUGAUUUUCCUCUUCUUCUGCUGGUCCUGUUUUUUUCCAUUGCCUGUUUGUUAAAUUUCUUGCUUGUGUGCCCCUCUGGGACUCUCUUGUGCACUUUCCUCCCUCUUCACCAUCUCAGGAUCUGUGUGUGCUGCCUUCCUCCUGUGUGCUUUCUGUCCCCCCAUCUCUGCCUUUUCUUCCUCUCCCAUUUCCAUUACCAAAGGGAGAGAGCCUCUCUGGGCUGUUCCCUGGCCUGUCUGCUCCUCCAGGCUCUGUCCCAGCAGCCACAAUGAGCUUCACACUCCACUCGGUUUUCUUCACCUUGAAGGUCAGCAUCCUGCUGGGGUCCCUGUUGGGGCUCUGCCUGGGCCUCGAGUUCAUGGGCCUCCCCAACCAGUGGGCCCGCUAUCUCCGCUGGGAUGCCAGCACACGUGGUGACCUGAGUUUCCAGUUCAAGACCAAUGUCUCCACGGGGCUGCUCCUCUACCUGGAUGAUGGCGGCGUCUGCGACUUCCUAUGCCUCUCCCUCGUGGAUGGCCGCAUUCAGCUCCGCUUCAGCAUGGACUGUGCUGAGACUGCUGUGCUGUCCAACAAGCAGGUGAACGACAGCAGCUGGCAUUUCCUCAUGGUGAGCCGCGACCGCCUGCGCACGGUGCUGCUGCUUGAUGGAGAGGGCCAGGCUGGGGAGCUGCAGCCCCAGCGGCCCUACAUGGAUGUGGUCAGUGACUUGUUCCUUGGUGGAGUCCCUGCUGACAUACGACCUUCUGCCCUGACCCUGGAUGGAGUACAGGCCAUGCCCGGCUUUAAGGGAUUAAUUCUGGAUCUCAAGUAUGGAAACUCAGAGCCUCGGCUUCUGGGGAGCCAGGGUGUCCAGUUGGAUGCUGAGGGACCCUGUGGUGAGCGUCCCUGUGAAAAUGGUGGGAUCUGCUUUCUCCUGGAUGGCCACCCCACCUGUGACUGUUCUACCACUGGCUACGGUGGCAAGCUUUGCUCAGAAGAUGUCAGUCAAGGUCCAGGCCUCUCCCACCUCAUGAUGAGUGAACAAGCUCGAGAGGAGAAUGUGGCCACUUUCCGAGGCUCAGAGUAUCUGUGCUACGACCUGUCUCAGAACCCGAUCCAGAGCAGCAGUGAUGAAAUCACCCUCUCCUUUAAGACCUGGCAGCGUAACGGCCUCAUCCUGCACACGGGCAAGUCGGCUGACUAUGUCAACCUGGCUCUGAAGGAUGGCGCGGUCUCCUUGGUCAUUAACCUGGGGUCCGGGGCCUUUGAGGCCAUUGUGGAGCCAGUGAAUGGAAAAUUCAACGACAACGCCUGGCAUGAUGUCAAAGUGACACGCAAUCUGCGGCAGCACUCAGGCAUCGGACACGCUAUGGUGACAAUCUCUGUGGAUGGCAUUCUCACCACGACGGGCUACACUCAAGAGGACUACACCAUGCUGGGCUCGGACGACUUCUUCUAUGUGGGAGGAAGCCCAAGUACUGCUGACUUGCCUGGCUCCCCCGUCAGCAACAACUUCAUGGGCUGCCUUAAAGAGGUUGUUUAUAAGAAUAAUGACAUCCGUCUGGAGCUGUCUCGCCUGGCACGGAUUGGGGACACCAAGAUGAAAAUCUAUGGUGAAGUUGUGUUCAAGUGUGAGAAUGUGGCCACACUGGACCCCAUCAACUUCGAGACCCCAGAGGCUUACAUCAGCUUGCCCAAGUGGAACACUAAACGUAUGGGCUCCAUCUCCUUUGACUUCCGUACCACUGAGCCCAAUGGCCUGAUCCUCUUCACCCAUGGAAAGCCCCAAGAGAGGAAGGAUGCUCGGAGCCAAAAAAACACAAAAGUAGACUUCUUUGCUGUGGAACUCCUCGAUGGCAACCUGUAUUUGCUGCUUGACAUGGGCUCUGGCACCAUCAAAGUGAAAGCCACUCAGAAGAAAGCCAAUGAUGGGGAAUGGUACCAUGUGGAUAUUCAGCGAGAUGGCAGAUCAGGUACUAUAUCAGUGAACAGCAGGCGCACGCCAUUCACCGCCAGUGGGGAGAGCGAGAUCCUGGACCUGGAAGGAGACAUGUACCUGGGAGGGCUGCCAGAGAACCGUGCUGGCCUUAUUCUCCCCACCGAGCUGUGGACUGCCAUGCUCAACUACGGCUACGUGGGCUGCAUCCGCGACCUGUUCAUUGACGGGCGCAGCAAGAACAUUCGACAGCUGGCAGAGAUGCAGAAUGCUGCGGGUGUCAAGUCCUCCUGUUCACGGAUGAGCGCCAAGCAGUGUGACAGCUACCCCUGCAAGAACAACGCUGUGUGCAAGGACGGCUGGAACCGCUUCAUCUGCGACUGUACUGGCACGGGAUACUGGGGAAGAACCUGCGAAAGGGAGGCAUCCAUCCUGAGCUAUGAUGGCAGCAUGUACAUGAAGAUCAUCAUGCCCAUGGUCAUGCACACGGAGGCAGAGGACGUGUCCUUCCGCUUCAUGUCCCAGCGAGCUUAUGGGUUACUGGUGGCUACAACCUCCAGGGACUCUGCUGAUACCCUGCGUCUGGAGCUGGACGGGGGGCGUGUCAAGCUCAUGGUUAACUUAGACUGUAUCAGGAUAAACUGUAACUCCAGCAAAGGACCAGAGACCCUGUAUGCAGGGCAGAAGCUCAAUGACAAUGAGUGGCACACCGUUCGGGUGGUGCGGAGAGGAAAAAGCCUUAAGUUAACCGUGGAUGACGAUGUGGCUGAGGGUACAAUGGUGGGAGACCAUACCCGUUUGGAGUUCCACAACAUUGAAACGGGAAUCAUGACUGAAAAACGUUACAUCUCCGUCGUCCCCUCCAGCUUUAUUGGCCAUCUGCAGAGCCUCAUGUUUAAUGGCCUUCUCUACAUUGACUUGUGCAAAAAUGGUGACAUUGAUUAUUGUGAGCUGAAGGCUCGUUUUGGAUUGAGGAACAUCAUCGCUGACCCUGUCACCUUCAAGACCAAGAGCAGCUACCUGAGCCUUGCCACGCUCCAGGCUUAUACCUCCAUGCACCUCUUCUUCCAGUUCAAGACCACCUCACCAGAUGGCUUCAUUCUCUUCAAUAGUGGUGACGGCAAUGACUUCAUUGCCGUUGAGCUUGUCAAGGGGUACAUACACUAUGUUUUUGACCUCGGAAAUGGUCCCAAUGUGAUCAAGGGCAACAGUGACCGGCCCCUGAAUGACAACCAGUGGCACAAUGUUGUCAUCACUCGGGACAACAGUAACACUCACAGCCUCAAAGUGGACACCAGAGUGGUCACUCAGGUUAUCAAUGGCGCCAAAAACCUGGAUUUGAAAGGUGAUCUCUACAUGGCUGGUCUGGCUCAAGGCAUGUACAGUAAUCUCCCAAAGCUUGUGGCCUCUCGAGAUGGCUUUCAGGGCUGUCUGGCAUCAGUGGACUUGAAUGGACGCCUGCCAGACCUCAUCAAUGACGCUCUUCAUCGGAGUGGGCAGAUCGAGCGUGGCUGUGAAGUUGCGUUGACCAAAGCUGACCUGCAAGGACCCAGUACCACUUGCCAGGAAGAUUCAUGUGCCAACCAGGGGGUCUGCAUGCAGCAAUGGGAGGGCUUCACCUGUGAUUGUUCUAUGACCUCUUAUUCAGGAAACCAGUGCAAUGAUCCUGGCGCUACGUACAUCUUUGGGAAAAGUGGUGGCCUCAUCCUCUACACCUGGCCAGCCAAUGACAGGCCCAGCACACGCUCUGACCGCCUUGCUGUGGGCUUCAGCACCACUGUGAAGGAUGGCAUCUUGGUCCGCAUUGACAGUGCUCCAGGACUUGGUGACUUCCUCCAGCUUCACAUAGAACAGGGGAAAAUUGGAGUUGUCUUCAAUAUUGGCACAGUUGACAUCUCCAUCAAAGAGGAGAGAACCCCUGUAAAUGAUGGCAAAUACCACGUGGUACGCUUCACCAGGAACGGUGGCAACGCUACCCUGCAGGUGGACAACUGGCCAGUGAAUGAACAUUAUCCUACAGGCAACACUGAUAAUGAACGGUUCCAAAUGGUAAAACAGAAAAUCCCCUUCAAAUAUAACCGGCCCGUAGAGGAGUGGCUGCAGGAAAAAGGCCGGCAGUUAACCAUCUUCAACACUCAGGCGCAAAUAGCCAUUGGUGGAAAGGACAAAGGACGCCUCUUCCAAGGCCAACUCUCUGGGCUCUAUUAUGAUGGUUUGAAAGUACUGAACAUGGCGGCUGAGAACAACCCCAAUAUUAAAAUUAAUGGAAGUGUUCGGCUGGUUGGAGAAGUCCCAUCGAUUUUGGGAACAACACAGACGACCUCCAUGCCACCAGAAAUGUCUACUACUGUCAUGGAAACCACUACCACAAUGGCUACUACCACAACCCGUAAGAAUCGCUCCACAGCCAGCAUUCAGCCAACAUCAGAUGAUCUUGUUUCAUCUGCUGAAUGUUCAAGUGAUGAUGAAGACUUCGUUGAAUGUGAGCCGAGUACAGGUAGGUCAGGAGGUGAAUUAGUUAUCCCUCUUCUUGUAGAAGACCCUUUAGCUACCCCUCCUAUUGCUACUCGUGCACCUUCCAUUACACUUCCCCCUACCUUUCGCCCCCUCCUCACCAUUAUUCAGACCACCAAAGAUUCCCUGUCCAUGACCUCUGAGGCGGGGUUACCUUGCUUGUCGGACCAAGGCAGCGAUGGUUGUGAUGAUGAUGGCUUGGUGAUAUCUGGGUAUGGCUCAGGGGAAACCUUUGACUCUAACCUGCCCCCUACUGAUGAUGAAGAUUUUUACACCACCUUCUCCUUGGUAACAGAUAAGAGUCUUUCCACUUCAAUCUUCGAAGGUGGCUACAAAGCACAUGCGCCCAAGUGGGAAUCCAAGGACUUUAGACCUAACAAAGUCUCCGAAACUAGUAGGACUACUACCACAUCUUUAUCCCCUGAGCUGAUCCGCUUCACAGCUUCCUCCUCGUCUGGGAUGGUGCCCAAAUUGCCAGCUGGCAAAAUGAAUAACCGUGAUCUCAAACCCCAGCCUGAUCUAGUGUUGCUUCCGUUGCCCACUGCCUAUGAGCUAGACAGCACCAAACUGAAGAGCCCACUAAUUACUUCCCCCAUGUUCCGUAAUGUGCCCACAGCAAACCCCACGGAGCCGGGAAUCAGACGGGUUCCGGGGGCCUCAGAGGUGAUCCGGGAGUCGAGCAGCACAACAGGGAUGGUCGUCGGCAUUGUGGCUGCUGCCGCCCUCUGCAUCUUGAUCCUCCUGUACGCCAUGUACAAGUACAGGAACAGGGACGAGGGGUCCUACCAAGUGGACGAGACGCGGAACUACAUCAGCAACUCCGCCCAGAGCAACGGCACGCUCAUGAAGGAGAAGCAGCAGAGCUCGAAGAGCGGCCACAAGAAACAGAAAAACAAGGACAGGGAGUAUUACGUGUAAAAACACGCGAACACUGCUCACACGUGCGUUUCACAGUUACGUCUAUCCUCGCCUAUGAAUCUUUGGACGGUGAGAUCUCACAGAGGUCAGAACUGCUGGAACUAUGAAAUGGGGUGUCUACCACGACUCUGGUGGGGAAAACCAUUUUUUUUAAAGGACACACACACUCACACACAGUGAUGCAUCUCCCUCUAAAACUCGGCCACGGCCCGCGGCGAGGUGCCAGCGGUCGCUGGGACACAGACGGUCUCGUGCCCUUGCUGUAUCAUAAGCACACACUUAGCACUCUGGAGCCGGCAGGUGGCUCCCCCACUUCCGCAGGCCUGGAAGCUUCCUUCUCCGGAGGACCUUUUACUAAAAGGUAGAAGACUUCAUGGCUUACUUGUUCCAUAACUCCAAGUGAGUCUGUAAUGAUGUUUGUGAAGCUUGACUGUAACCAUGUUUUUUCGGUUUAAUUAUGUAAAAAACAAAACCACCACCACAACAAAAAAAAGAAAAAAGUUAAAAAAAAACACCAAAAAAAAAAAACAAAAAACAGACCAAAAAAAAAAAAAAAAAAAAAAAAAAACAAACCCACAACCCUUAUCUGGUUCUAACCAGUGUGCGUGUAAUAAGAUCUGAGGGGAAAUAUGGCUUUUGGGUUUUUGUUUAUUUUUUUUGAUAAUGAUUGGACAUCAGAAGAGGAAAAAAAAAACUCGGAAAACAAAAGCGAGAGAGACUAUUGCCAUAUGAACUCAAAAGCUACCAUGGUGUUCACUCUACAUAUCAGGUUAUGGUGUCUCUAGGAUCUGUUGUUUGUUUCCUGUAAGAUGCUUUGCUGAACACAUAGCAAAAUUCAUGUGAUGGAUGGUAAUGUUGAUUCGAAAAGCUGGUUCCCCAGGAUCUAAUUUCAGAAUUUACCACCCGAACCCUGAACAGACAGGUUUAGGGCUGGUGUUAUCAGAGCUAUUGGCUUUACUUAACAAUAUUGUAUUUGUCCAUUCACCCAGCCAAACUGUGUUAAAGAGGAAAGCCCCACAAACUAAAACAGCCUUUCUAGGGAAGAGGAAGGGGAGGUGGGCUGGAUCUGUAACUGAUUGAAGUGCAUGCAAAUAAAAAAGACAAUACUAAAGUCUGUUGAAUAAUCAAACCAGACAGUAGGGGAGUUCAACUUGCGAUGGAAACACGAAAGGUCACACAAGCCAAACACAUCAUGCCAGAGUACGAAACACAUAGUUCUUUCCCUGCCCCGAACAUGACAAUGGUUUUCAUAGUGGUUUAAUUUUGCAGCCUGACAUUUAUGGAUAACUCUGUCCUUCCAUUUGCUCACUUCUCCCUUCACCCAUCUUUUUUAAAAACAAAUAAUAAAUGAAUAAAGCUGCUGUGACACACACAAAAAAAAGGAAUUUAAUAGUAUAAUAUAUAUAUAAAUAAAUAUAUAUGCAGAUAUAUUUAUCAUGGUAUGUUUGAUGGGAUGACUGACACAGGAAAUCUGUUAAAGUCUUGAAGUGGAAUGAGAAUGUUGUUUUAGAAGAAAAUAACAAAACAACAAAAAAGCAAACCUUAAAAUGUGAAGAAAGCGUGAGUUUUAGUUUUGUCACAGUUAACUGUGUCAAAGAGAAUUAAAACAAACUUCAGAUUUUGUUUACAUAUUUUACUACAUUUUUGCUGGUAUAAUUCCUUAGCCACCUAUGUACAUACUGCUUUAAAAACUGGUUUUAUUUUUUCCUGUUUAUUUCUGUUUGGUUUAUAUUCUGGUUGUCUUUUUCUUUUUGUAAAGAGGAAACAAUGUACAGAAAAACAAUAAACUGGUUGUAUGGCCAUAGCUAUCCAAAAGCAAGAGACAAAGCAAGACAAAUAUCCACACAAAAAUGAAGUGUGUCCUCUGGAGGGUCAGAGAUAUACAAUUUCUUUUGUACAGAUGAAAAUCAAUCAGCCGUUUAGAUUUAGAAAUCUACUCUUGCUGGUCUUUGUAAGUUGCAUGAAUAUUUGACUUUGAAAAAAUAUCUUAAAGACACGGGGCAAAAAGCGCCAUCUAAAUGGUAGCCUUUACUAAUGUGUAUGGAAAGAGGUGUUCCUCAUUAUCUAAUAUUUCAAUGUGUUAAGAGUUUGAUUUUUUUUGUUAUCAUUAAAAAAGACAGGAUUAUAAAGAGAUAUCAAAGCACGAUUUUAGAUAACCUAAAUGGCCCAGCCUAUAUAAAGUUGAUUAUAUCUCGAUGUCUGUAAAAGAUUGCUGUUCUUGGCGUCUUGAGGUCUUGUGAACUGAUUUCCUGCUUUCUUUCAUUUUUCACAUUUGAGUAAAAAUACAUUUGUUAUAUUCCUUUUAGUGUAAGUUUCUAUUUGGACAAUUUUAUGGGAACAUGUGCAUUCUGUAUGUGAGCUUCUAUCAUAUUCCUGUUUUAUUAGCAAAACCUAAAGGAAUUUAUUUUAUGAUGUUGUGACAUUACUGCUUUUUCUUUUUUCUUUUCUCUUUUAUUUCAUAUUUGCAUUUUCGUUCAAGGAUAUGCUUAGCAAUAAAAUGUUCUUCCCAAAA